AUGGUAACACAGCUUCCUCCGACAAACGAGAUAGAUACUGAAUACAUUGUACCACCUUUUUAUAACAAUGACGGGACAUUAAUUCAAGUACUUUGUGAGAAUAGUAGUUCCAUUAACUCCAGUGUCGGUAACAGUGUUUCAAACUUUCUUUUAAAUGAAAAAGGAUACAAGAACAUUGAAGUUACUUCAAAUAUGACAACAGUUAUAGAAUCAGAUCAGCCUGUGCUUGUUACUGCUUUCGGAAUGGGUUCUAAAUCCAAUCGUUAUCAUCCGUACAUGACGGUCGUACCAGGAAUUCAUCAGUAUCUCGAUUACUAUAAGAUUAUUGUACCAGAAGGAUAUCAGGAAAAUUUUAUUUGCGUGAUUGUUCAAUCACAAUCACUGAACAAUCUACGGAUUAACGGAUUUUCAGCUUCUCAUUACACCUCUGUGUACCAGGCCGCAGUGACCCUAACUAAACAUUUCAGUAUUCGUAUCUUUAAAAUCCAAAGUGGAACAUUUGUUUUGUCAACAACCGAUGCUUCACAGUUUGGACUUAUUGUUAAUGGUCAUCGAAUCAAUGACGGUUACGGUUUUGCCGGAAAUUUUGUUCAUUGA